AUGGCCCAUAUAGUCAGUUGCAUGCUUGAUGCCGAUGGAGCUCUUGAAGGCUAUAUAGCAAAGCAGCAGACCUCUACUGAUUCUUUGACAUCCAUUACAUCAUCUAAAAGCUCACCUGAAGAGAGGAAGCCGUAUCAUUGGAGGAUGCAGCACUCAGAGUCAAGAAAAUAUCAGCUGUUCCCCAGGGAGAAGCAGCUGCCUCCGGUGACCGCUGGCAAACAACUUGAUCCCGAGCAAGCUUUCGCAGCAGCAAUGGCUCAGUCUACCGACAAAUCGGAGAAGACGGAGAAGUCAAGUCUACGGCUCAGGAUCAAGGAACACAAUCUCACACGCCGUAGAAAAGUCAGUGUGCCCGAGUUAGGCCCCAUGACUACAGUACAGGAGGUUCCCAUGGACUCUCCAACCAUUCCAGGUCGUCCAGCAUUACACGAACGAUCUAUCAGCUCGCCUGUCAAUACUUGGCGUCGCCAUAGACCAUCCGAGUCCCUGUUUUGCUCUCGGGAGAGCACUAGAGAAAACGUCGAGACAAAGAGAUUGAACUUCAUAGACCCUCAAAAACCAACUGGUGUACCUACACAACCAAUGUCUCCAAGAAGCCUAGCUCCCCUUGUCAUACCACAACAAAACGGUGCUCUGCCACGUCUAGCUCAUCAGACAUCUCAUACCAAGCUCCGCUCUGGCACUAUCCCGCUCGACUCGAACACUCGACCCUCGAAGAUCGACGAGUCUCCAAGGAUCCGUACUCCAUUUACCCCUUUCACGCCAUAUACGCCUGCUUCCGCAUAUAUUACUACGCCCAAAUCUGCGGUGACGGCGUCGACCUUACCCACGCCCAUAUCUGGCCCUCUGGAGAAUCGGGAGUCUCCAAGGCCGUGGGAAAGGCCAAGCAACACCACACCAACGGGAACGCCCCCGCCGGGCAACUUGGAUCCUAUCACUACACCGAGAGCAGAGGCUGACGUACCGAGAAGUGCCACAGCCAUGUCUCAUAGAACAGAUGCCGACCAUCCCUUACGAGCACAUGCAGUGAUGUCUCAUAGAAGAAACCAGUCUGAUACUGGGAGCAUUAUGGAGCGCGGACGCCCUCGCAAGAGGUGUGAUGGAACAGCUGUCGGUAUUCCUAUUCGUCGGACCCCGUCCAAGAGGAGUAAGAGCACCGAGCGUCGAGCAUUUGAGACCUUACCACAAGGAUGGAAACCCUAUGAGGCAACAAAGAUGAUGGACAAAGAAGAGGUUUCUUAUUUACAGAAGCAAGCUCUUGGCCAAGCGAUGAGGUUCGAAGUUUUGAAAAAGGAGCAGGUCGAGGGUCUUUCCAAGGAGCUUCGUCAUCUUGACGAACGAACAGAAUAUUUACGUCGAACGUACACUUCUCUGAGAGCAGGACGUCGCAACCUUCAUUCCCGCAUCUGUCAAUAUCUUCGUUCACCUCGCGUAGCCAAGUUUAGCUACGAGUCCAUUCUAAAGCAAGAAGAAGCUCUAGCGGAGUUGGAUGCCUCUAUUGAUGACUGGGUUGCCAAGCUUGAGCAGGCAGAGAAUCGUCGAACCCGCGUCAGGCAAAAGCUUCUUGAGCAUGUCGCUGCCGCCGCAACAUUGACCAUCCCUUCAUCCGAUGUCAAUGGCGCCAGCGAGUCAUUUCAUCAAGUCUUGGGUGUUCUGGCAUCCGCUGGCUCAGUGGAAGCAACGACGCCGCCACGAAGCCCUACAAAAGCAGAAACCCAGAUAUAUGCCCACUCCCCAUCACCGUCUCCCCAAAGAGUUGUAGCUCGUGUGCCAUCUGUCAUUCCUGAAGCGCCUGCAGAGGAGGCAGCCAUUGGCCUGGGUCUAGAUGACAAGGCUUCCGAGCAAGCAACACUUGCUCGAAUGGAGAGUAUCCGUAUCUAUGCCGAUAGCGAUGUCUACGCACUGCUCGCUGACGUUGAGACGGAAUUCACUAAGCUCAGUGGAGUGGGGCGACAAAGCCCUGAGCCUUCGAUGACCGAGGUUCAGGAAGACGAGCAUAAGGAUCUACACCGUGCACAAAGCCGUGAGAUUUUGAAUGGCACUACAUGUCUAAAGACGGACAAAACAUCGCCCCUGUCUCCUCCAGCCCCGACUCCUCCGAUAAAAGACAGUUCAAGUGGCGAAGGCAUCUUGUUGACUUCUGCUGUUUUUCAACCCAAUGCUAUACGAGCCCCUUAA